CCCGUUAAGGAAACGCAACUGGUUCUAAAGCCUAAAACCCUAGCGUCACUCCGUUUGUUUGUCUGCGUCCGCUCAAAAUCAGCGGGAAGAAAUGGCUCAGCUUAAGGCCUUAUCGCCAAAUUCGUCGAUUAACCUGGCCUGUUACGGGCCCAGAAGAAACACAUCGCUCUUUUCUGAUAGCUUGUCUUGCUCUCGAAAGUUGUCUUCUUUCCUAGAGGUAAGUGGAAGGGCAAGUGCACUCCAUGGCCGUGCAAUUCUAAGCAACAAUGGUUCUGUUACUCUAGCUGCUAGUAAUCGAGGUAUAAGAGCCGUUUUAUCCAGUGACAGAGAGAUGGAAGUUUCCACAGCUACAAAGGCUGGAGGGCUGCGAGGCAAAUUAAACAAAGUUGUUUUAGCCUAUAGUGGUGGCUUAGACACUUCUGUGAUUGUGCCAUGGCUAAGGGAGAAUUAUGGUUGUGAGGUUGUUUGCUUCACAGCCGAUGUUGGCCAAGGCAUAAAGGAAUUGGACGGUUUGGAAGAAAAGGCCAAGGCAAGCGGGGCUUGCCAGUUAGUAGUGAAGGACUUAAAGGAGGAAUUUGUGAGAGACUACAUAUUUCCUUGCUUGCGAGCUGGCGCCAUUUAUGAAAGGAAAUACUUGUUAGGGACCUCAAUGGCCCGGCCUGUUAUUGCAAAGGCCAUGGUGGAUGUUGCCAGAGAGGUUGGGGCAGAUGCUGUUUCUCAUGGAUGUACGGGGAAAGGAAAUGAUCAGGUUCGCUUUGAGCUUACAUUCUUUGCUCUGAAUCCUGAAUUAAAUGUUGUGGCUCCUUGGAGAGAAUGGGAUAUUACAGGGAGAGAAGAUGCUAUUGAAUAUGCUAAGAAGCAUAAUGUUCCUGUUCCAGUGACGAAGAAAUCAAUUUACAGCAGAGACAGGAACUUAUGGCACUUAAGCCAUGAGGGAGAUAUCUUGGAGGACCCAGCCAAUGAACCAAAGAAAGAUAUGUACAUGAUGAGUGUUGACCCAGAAGAUGCACCUGAUCAACCUGAAUAUGUGGAAAUUGGAAUUGUUUCUGGUAUCCCUGUUUCAGUUAAUGGAAAGAAUCUUUCACCGGCUUCUCUUCUUGCUGAACUCAAUGAGAUUGGCGGGAGACAUGGAGUUGGUCGUAUUGACAUGGUUGAAAACCGGCUUGUUGGUAUGAAAAGUCGUGGAGUCUAUGAAACUCCUGGUGGUACCAUUCUAUUCAAUGCUGUUCGUGAGCUGGAGUCUCUAACACUUGACCGGGAAACCAUUCAAGUUAAAGAUUCACUUGCCCUCAAGUAUGCUGAGCUAGUUUAUGCUGGAAGGUGGUUUGACCCACUUCGUGAGUCCAUGGAUGCAUUUAUGGAGAAGAUUACUGAAACAACCACCGGUUCUGUCACUCUGAAACUAUACAAAGGAUCUGUUUCUGUAACAGGUCGGACCAGUCCCCAUAGCUUGUACAGGCAGGAUAUCUCCUCCUUUGAGAGUGGACAGAUAUAUGAUCAAGCUGAUGCUGCUGGGUUUAUAAGGCUGUAUGGUCUUCCGAUAAGGGUCAGGGCAAUGCUUGAGAAGGGCAUCUGAGCUCUUCUUUUUCUUUUUGUUUUUUUUUUCUGUAGCAACCUAUGGAAUUUCAAGGCUUAAGUUUAUAAUAAUAUUAUCAACUGAUUAGCUUUGAUCAUAUGUUUUAAGGUUUCUUUGAGAUCUCUGGUCCA